AUGUCGCCUGACCCGGCCGGGCCCCUCGCGGGGCUGAUGUGGCGGCUGCCGUCGGGCCGUACCAUCCGGCCCCGCCGCCUGCGGAGGGGGGGGGGCCGCCGCACCCCGUGUGUUCGCCGCGCCCGAGCACAAGCCCGCCUCCCCCUCUGCACGAGCUUGGUAGCGUCCGCGCGGGCACCGCCAGCCUUCGGGCAAGCCCACGGUGGAAGGUUUGUAGGGGGGGCGACGGGCAGGUUUCGCGUCAGCGCGCUGUCCUGUCGCCUUCCGCCUAGCGCUGCACAGGGAAAUACGCUGAGCUGCCGAAAACGCAGGAAGUCCUCGCUCUGCCUCAGCGCAGUUAAGUGUCACGGCGCCUCCCGCUUUCCGCUUCCCAAAAAAUGGUUCGGCCGAACCCCACCUCGGCAAGUGAUUACCUAUUCACAACUUGAGUGUAUUGUCAGCUACCUGGAGAAUGGCUUACUCCUGAAGGAGUAUCUUGAGAUCCAGUAUAUACUAGGAGAAUUACUUGGUGAUGUGCUGAAAGAUCAGCCGCAGGAGGCAGAUGGAAUUGACUCAGUGAUUGUCGUGGAUAAUGUUCCCCAGGUUGGACCAGACCGACUCGAGAAACUGAAGAAUGUCAUCCACAAAAUAUUUUCGAAGUUUGGUAAAAUUAUCAAUGAAUUUUAUCCAGAAGCAGAUGGGAAGACAAAAGGCUACAUCUUUCUGGAGUACAUGUCUCCGUCUCAUGCAGUGGAUGCAGUGAAGAAUGCAGAUGGAUACAAACUGGAUAAACAGCACACUUUCAGAGUCAACCUUUUCACAGACUUUGAUAAGUACAUGACAAUCAGUGAUGAAUGGGAAAUCCCUGAGAAACAGCCAUUUAAGGAUUUGGGGAAUCUCCGAUACUGGUUGGAAGAUCCUGAUUGCAGGGAUCAGUACAGUGUGAUCUUUGAGUCAGGAGACCGGACCUCCAUUUUUUGGAAUGAUAUCAAGGAACCUGUUCAAAUUGAGGACAGAGCACGGUGGACAGAAACCUAUGUACGUUGGUCCCCAAAGGGUACCUACUUGGCUACAUUCCACCAGAGAGGCAUCGCACUUUGGGGUGGAGAGAAGUUCAAGCAGAUUCAAAGGUUUAGUCACCAGGGAGUGCAGCUUAUUGACUUCUCACCCUGUGAAAGGUAUUUAGUGACCUUCAGCCCUUUGAUGGACACGCAGGAUGACCCUCAGGCUAUUAUCAUCUGGGAUAUUCUGACUGGGCAAAAGAAGCGAGGAUUCCACUGUGAAAACUCAGCUCACUGGCCUAUUUUUAAAUGGAGUCAUGAUGGUAAAUUCUUUGCUAGAAUGACUUCAGAUACCCUCAGCAUCUAUGAAACACCUUCUAUGGGUUUGUUGGACAAGAAAAGCUUGAAAAUCACAGGGAUAAGAGACUUCUCAUGGUCUCCAGGUGGUAACAUAAUUGCUUUCUGGGUGCCUGAGGAUAAAGACAUCCCAGCAAGAGUGACUUUGAUGCAGCUGCCUUCUAGACAAGAAAUUCGUGUGCGGAAUUUGUUCAAUGUCGUAGAUUGUAAACUACACUGGCAGAAGAACGGGGAUUACCUGUGUGUGAAGGUAGACAGGACUCCCAAAGGCACACAAGGAGUAGUGACCAACUUUGAAAUAUUCCGAAUGAGAGAGAAACAGGUGCCAGUGGAUGUGGUGGAAAUGAAAGAAAGCAUCAUAGCCUUUGCUUGGGAACCAAAUGGAAGCAAGUUUGCUGUGUUGCAUGGAGAAACUCCACGAAUUUCAGUUUCUUUUUACCAUGUUAAAAACAAUGGGAAAAUAGAACUCAUAAAAACGUUUGACAAACAGCAGGCAAACACGAUAUUCUGGAGUCCUCAAGGGCAAUUUGUAGUAUUGGCUGGCCUCAGAAGCAUGAAUGGUGCCUUAGCAUUUGUCGAUACAUCUGACUGCACCAUGAUGAAUAUUGCCGAACACUAUACAGCUUCAGAUGUGGAAUGGGAUCCUACAGGCAGAUACAUUGUGACUUCUGUGUCUUGGUGGAGCCACAAGGUGGACAAUGCAUAUUGGUUAUGGACCUUCCAAGGCCGUUUGCUUCAGAAAAACAAUAAAGACAGGUUCUGUCAGCUUCUCUGGAGACCACGACCAACUACCUUGCUCAGUGAGGAUCAGAUAAAGCAAAUUAAGAAGGACCUGAAGAAAUACUCCAAGAUAUUUGAGCAGAAGGAUCGCCUGAGCCAGUCCAAAGCCUCAAAGGAGCUAGUGGAGAGGAGACGUACAAUGAUGGAAGAGUUCAGAAAGUACCGCAAGAUGGCACAAGAGUUGUACAUGGAGCAGAGGAAUGAGCGUUUAGAGCUUCGAGGAGGGGUAGACACAGAUGAGCUGGACAGCAAUGUUGAUGACUGGGAGGAGGAGACUGUUGAAUUUUUUAUCAAUGAAGAAAUUAUUACCCUUGCAGAACCAGAGUAAUUAACAAAACUGUGCACCACCAUAUCUUGUGCUGAAAAGAAGUUUGCUCAUUUUCAGAAAGCCUACAUCAACUUUGGAAUUUUUAAUCCAUAUUCUUGCAGUCUGGAAGGGUGGAUGCACCAGAUUUUCUCCAUCUGACACAUUGUAGUGCCUUUAAGUCUUGCUGCCUGCUGCAGUGAGAUACUGGAAAGGCGCUGCUUUUAAAUUUUUCUUCUUUUUUUUUUUUUUUAUUUUCUUCUUAAAUCCACUACUACCGGUAUUUACUUCCUGACUCCCAUACAGUACUUGCCAACUGGCAGUUUUUGACUAUUGCUGGUGAGGUGAAAUUCAUCAGUGCACCUCUGUCUUACACGAUGUUUCUGUUUCAGGACUCUUUCUAUGUCCCGAGUGCAUGGACAGGUGUUCAUUUUGUUUGGGGAAAAGUCAACAGAACCAUUUUUCGUAUGAUGUGUUUUAGUGUGCUGAAGCAGCACUACAGUGGGCUAUAUCCUCCUCCUUUCAGAUUGUGAAAGGAUGCCUCCCUCAAAGAGCUGAAUAUGGAAAUAAAAGCAGACCUAUACUAAAACCAGGCUGGCUACGCGUUGUUUGUAGGGAAUGUUUCCCUGAAUGAUGCAAGUCAAACAUACCACAGUAAUAAGUGUGUGUUUGCUAUAUUGACUAUAUCGUUCCUUUGGAUUUUUUUUUUUAAUCUCAGUUCCUCAUGGCUCUUCUGGUUUUGUGCUGUGGUUGUUUUGUUUUUUACAGUGAUGGUAUGGCUCAUUAAUCUGGCAAGUUGACCUGUUCACUAUAGUGGAGUGACUAGAAAAUGAGUGGAUUUCUUAAAACAUUUGCAAAUUGAUACUAGCCUCAGGAAUUACUGGAUUUGUCUAAGUCUUAUUAGUGAACGUUGCAAACAUUCAGAGAAGUGCUCUCUAUACACAUGCCUUAUGUUUCCUGUUCCAGUACCUAGUUUCAUUUCUAAAGCCCUCUGUGCUCAGAGGGGAAAAGUGUACUUAAAGCUGGUGGAGUUACUUCUCUGUAUUAAUGAGUAGAAUUUUUUCUGGAUGUUGUCAGAGCAGUGAGAGAGAUUGGCCUGCUGCUUGCCCUUUGAGGGGCAGAGGAGAGUGGGGAUGUUCAUGACUCCUCUCCUGGACUGGCUAGUGAAAUUGCUAAUGUGAGCACUCUUGACUCUUUUUAAACCCUGAACUUGCUUACAGUGUCUUGACAGAUUUGAAGUGGAAAGCAGAAAGUGCCCUUUGGGCAAAGGGUAGCCCCACUCAGCUGGAGGCAGCCAAGGGCCAGUAAUGUUUUUAGCACUUGCUUUUCUUUGUCCUUAGGUGAACUUGCUGUGAUAGGAAAUGCACAAACCCCUCAAUUAACUCCAAUGUUCUCUUUACCAGGAAGACUCUUCAGAAUGGUUGUUCUGUAAUGAUGAUAUUGACUUAGUUUCAAUAGUUCACUCUUAAACCAGUGGGUGGGGGUUUUGUUUUUUUUUUUUUCAGAAGUCUGUAUUAGUUUCCAGUUUUCUGCAUUUGUUCAUUCAUAAUCCAUAUAUACAGAUAUAUAGAUGAUAGUUUUGUCCACAAUACUUACCAAGCUCAUAUCUCAACUGGACUGAAAAAAAAAAUACUUACUUUCUGGCAAAAAAAUGCAGAAGAACUUCUAGCACAUCAAAGUUCUCCAGUGAUGGCUUGGAGUUGUAUAGCAGGAAUAAUUUUAUUUACCCUUUAGUUGCAAAGAGCUGACUUCUCAACCAUUUUCACAGUUAUGAAUUGAGUUGGAAAGGUUUUUUUCCCCUGUCACUAUGCAAUGCAGUUUUAAUAGGCUACUGUGUUUUAUUCCUGGCCAUUUUCAAAGUGAAGUAAUGCCAAUGUUAAAUGAAUUGAGUUCUCUCUAAGAUGCUUCUCUGAAGUGUGGAUCGUCAGUGAGGGGGGAAAAAAAACCCCACCCAAACCUUGAUGCUCCUUGUAGGAGCUUGGUAAGCUGACAAGAUGUUGUCCUGGCCAGCAGUUAAGGCCUCUUCUCAUCUGUUACGCUGGCAUUUCUGACAGUGCUCCUUUCAAUUACUGUGUCUUUUCUGUAGUGUUCCUUGCUUCAAAUGCUUUUUACAAAUUAUGUGCUCCUGAAAUUGCUUCAUGGGUAUGUAUUUGGUGAACUAGUCUGUUUGGCAUAUCUCGGAGUAACAGGAAUUGUAGUAGGGAGGAAGGGUCUUGUUGGAUUGAAUCCAUGUUGGUGUGUGUCUUCAAGUACUCUAUGCCACUGGUUUUCAGUCAGUGGCCGUUAGGGGCUUCUGAAGGAUGGUCAAAAUAGAAGAGGUUUG